GGGUAGGCCGCGAGCGGGGAGGGCGCGUGCGCGUGGAGGGGCGCGGGGCUUAUUGCCCCUGGUUACUCGCGCGCGGCCUGCGGGAGAGGGCGCCUGCUGUGACCCUUCCGGAGAGCUGCGCGCGACUGGAGCGGCGGCGGCCACAGGCGGGCAUCGCUUGGUGUUUCCUGCAAGCCAGGCCCUCCCCCGGAGCCCUGCGGUUCAGGCAUCAGCACCGCCGGCUCUGGGCUGCGAUGUACGGCGAGUGCCCUUAGCUUCGGGGCGAGGGAGGACUCCCCGAAAUGUUCUUUUUGGGGGCCAAAGUGUGAAUAUGUCUGAAUGCAGAUAAGCCCAGCAAUCGAAAAGAGGAUCACUUCUCUGUAGGACGUUUGUCAAGCUACAGGUACAGAAUGAGCACAUGCUGUUGGUGUACUCCAGGUGGUUCUUCCACCAUUGAUGUCCUAAAGUGCUAUGCAUCUAGCACUGGAUCAAGUGAAUUUCAAACAGCUGAUGAAGACCUCUGCUACUGCUUAGAGUGUGUGGCUGAGUACCACAGAGCCAGAGAUGAGGUGCCAUUCUUGCAUGAGGUUUUAUGGGAGCUAGAAACCUUACGCCUCAUAAGUCACUUUGAGAAGUCCAUGAAGGCAGAAGCUGAAGAUGAUGAUGAUUUAUAUAUAGUGGACAACAAUGGAGAGGAACAGCUGUUUGACUGCAGUGGCCAAGAUUUUGAAAAUAAGCUUCGAGUUCCUCUUUUUGAAAUACUGAAGUACCCUUACUUGCUUCUGCAUGAGCGUGUUAAUGAACUAUGUGUGGAAGCGCUUUGUCGAAUGGAACAAAACAAUUGCUCCUUUCAGGUUUUUGACAAAUAUCCAGGCAUCUAUUUGUUUUUGGUUCAUCCCAAUGAAUUGGUUCGGCGAUGGGCUAUUCUGACUGCAAGAAACCUGGGGAAGGUGGACAGAGAUGACUAUUACGACUUACAGGAAGUUUUAACUUGCCUUUUUAAAGUCAUUGAGCUGGGGCUUUUGGAAAGUCCAGACAUUUAUACAUCUUCUGUGCUUGAAAAAGGCAAACUGAUCCUUUUGCCUGCACAUAUGUAUGAUACUACCAACUACAAAAACUAUUGGCUAGGUAUUUGCAUGUUGUUGACAAUUCUUGAGGAGCAAGCCAUGGAUUCACUGUUGCUGGGCUCAGACAAACAAAAUGAUUUUAUGCAGUCAAUUCUUCAUACCAUGGAGAAGCAAUCGGAUGAUGACAGCAUGGAUCCUUUCUGGCCAGCAUUACACUGUUUCAUGGUGAUUCUUGAUCGCCUUGGAUCUAAGGUAUGGGGUCAACUUAUUGACCCUAUUGAAGCAUUUCAAACCAUCAUUAACAACGAGAGCUACAACAGAGAGAUCCAGAAUAUACGGAACAGCUCCAUAAGGACCAAGUUAGAACCGGAGCCACAUUUUGAUGAUAUGGUGACGUGCAGCCAGAUUGUUUAUAACUAUAAUCCUGAAAAGACCAAAAAGGAUUCUGGGUGGAGAUCAGCCAUUUGCCCAGAUUAUUGUCCAAACAUGUAUGAAGAAAUGGAAACAUUAGCCAGUGUACUUCAGUCAGAUAUUGGUCAAGAUAUGCGUGUUCAUAACAGCACUUUUCUAUGGUUUAUACCUUUUGUUCAGUCACUUAUGGACCUUAAGGAUUUGGGUGUGGCUUACAUAGUAGAAGUUAUUCAUCAUCUAUACUCAGAAGUCAAAGAUGUCCUUAACCAGACAGAUGCUGUCUGUGACAAAGUCACUGAAUUUUUUAUUCUGAUUUUAGUAUCAGUGAUUGAGCUGCAUAGAAAUAAAAAAUGUUUGCAUCUGCUGUGGGUGAGUUCUCAGCAGUGGGUAGAAGCUGUUGUGAAGUGUGCCAAGCUUCCUACCACUGCAUUUGUACGGAGUUGUGAGAAGUCACCUGGAAGUACCCCCAGAGGAGCAGCAAUAGUGUCAUCCUUGGCAUUGCAUUCAGUGCCAUCUAACUCUGUCCAGCUUGCUUGUGUACAGUUGAUUAGGGGUCUCCUCAAAGAAGGUUAUCAGCUUGGUCAGCAAACACUUUGUAAGCGGUUUUGGGAUAAACUUAACUUAUUUCUUCGAGGAAAUUUGUCUCUGGGUUGGCAAUUGACUGGUCAAGAAACCCAUGAGUUACAAAUGUGUUUAAAACAAAUAAUUAGAAACAUAAAAUUCAAAAUGCCGCAAUAUAGAACUUUUGGGGAUCCAGCUUCUACAUUCAAAACCCCUCCUUCUUUUAAAGAAGAAAGUGAACAAAUAGACAGGAAGCCUAAAAAAGACAUUUAUUGUUUGGAAAAUUGCAGCCCAAUAUCUCCUAAAGAGCCAGUGAAAGCUGAUAGCCAUCGAGUAUUGAUUAAAGCAAAUACUACAGAAGAGGAGGACUUCAAGCAGCAUUACAUUGAUUUGAAUGAAGAAGACCCUCUUCCAGCUGAGUUGUGCUCGAAGCAGAAAAGUGAGGCUUUUUUUUCUGAAAGUGCUCUAGAGCAAGUUAAAAUAAGCAUAGAGAAGUCUGGAAAAGAAAACUCUUUAUAUACACCACCAAAUAGUAGUACUUCAAGAAAUGGUCCAGAAUGGGGAUGUGACAGAGGAGUGAUAAUAUCAACACAUUCAUUGACUGAUUCUAGCAGUGAUUUUAUGGAAAAGGUAUCUACAUCAAAUGAAGAUGUCUCAUUAAAGGAUGGCACUAAAACUUCAAAACCAAGUUUCAAAGUACAGAAAGAUGAAAUUUGUGCCAAGUUAUCACAUGUCAUAAAGAAGCAACACAGGAAAAAUACUUUGGUCGAUAACAUCAUCGAUCUAGAGGAAAAUACAGCUAUGUCUGACCUUGAGAACUGUUCAGGAACAGGUAGAGGAACUCCAAAGGAAGAUAGCAUUGGACAUGACAUGUCUUCAGACCCUGUUCUGGAGGAAAAGCAUGAAGAGGAAAUAUCUCAAAACAGUUCAUUGUUCAAGAAAGAGACAAAAAGUGAGGAGUUGGAUAAUAGUUCUGAUGAUGAUGAAGACAAGCUUCAAAUCAAGGAAGGCCAUGCUGACGAUGAUUUGGUAUCAUUUACAGAAGUUACUGAUACACUGGUGAAGAAGAAUCCAUGUGAGGGUGGUAUGAAUCCUGUAAAGGUGGUAGUUGAAUCAAGAGAUAAGGAAAUGAGGGCAAGUACAGUGGAAGAACAGGAGCCUCAUGACAGUAGCAAGCCUUUGGUUGCAGGUCGUCAAAUAGACCUCUGUAACAUAACUUUAAUAUCUCAAACCACUGUUAUUCAAUUUCCAUCAGGUUUAAGUAAACAGAAUUCAUUUCAUCUACAAAAAGGUGAUAAAAGAUGUUUGAUAGCUAACCAAAACAGUACUGCCACCUGCCAUGGACAAAUUAUUGUUAUUUCAGAUUCUGAUGAAGAAGAGGAAGAAGAGGAUGAGGAUGAAGAAGAUGAAAAAAGUUGUAUUGAGGAAAACAUCAAACAGAGCAAAGUAUGCAUGGAGAAAGAGUGUUCAGAGCAGCAUGGAUUGAUAGUUAAUAACAGUAUGGGAAAGAAGCUUGUAAAGGAAGAAGAAACAGUGUGCCCUGUAGAAUUUGAAGACUCUGAAUCUCAGCUCUUUGAGUUCGAAAGUUCAUCAGAAGUCUUUUCAGUUUGGCAAGAUCAUACAAUAGACAGCAAAAACUCCCUUCAAGAGGAGCAAAAGAGCUGUGUAACUCAUGUAGCUGAUAGUACAAACAAUAACUUGGGUUGUGGUGUGGACUCUUUGUCUGAAGAGGUUGUUAGAAAGAAAACAGAGGGUGUUAAAGAGCCUGCAGAACCACACAGUAGUGUUUCUGCUGAGGUAUUUUGUAAAAAUGGAGUGAAAAAACUUAAGAGGAAACGAUGUGACAAAGUUACAGCUGAAGAUCCUCAGAGGCCUUCCUCUUCUGUUGGAACUGAACAAUUGGCUGAUCACAGAGAUCCUACUGAAAGUGAUUUAAAGAGUGCAGACUUGGGGAUGGCAGCUCCCAGUUCAAGUGUUGAGACAGAUUCCACAAAGUCUACAAAGUCUCGUCCUCACUCAAAACCUGUUAGGAAAGUUCCAGCCUCUAAGGCUACUAAGAAAACACAUUCAGACACUAGAAGAGGACAGAAUAAGAGUUCAUGUUACAUAAGCUGUAGAACUUCUCCUGCUAUUGUGCCACCAAAGAAGUUUCGCCAGUGUCCAGAGCCAACCUCAACGGUUGAAAAACUUGGACUGAAAAAAGCUCCUCGGAAGGCAUUUGAGUUGUCCCAGAGGUCUCUGGAGUGUAUAGUCCAGUUACGUGACCACGGUAAGACUGUUGGAGUAGUUGAUGCCCCCAAAAAAACUAAAUUAAUUUCUCCUCAGACUCUUUCUAUCAAAAAUAAUAAGAAGCUUCUGACAAGCCAGGAUCUUCAAUUUCAAAGGCUUAUGAGAUCCAGAUCACAUCAAAAACGAGACUUUGAUUACAAAAAUACUGAUAUGAUAAGAGCAGUGACACGUAUAGUACAGGGUUCGGAUGUACUUGAAGCAGACUCUGAUGAGCCAGAUAAUCAUAGAGGAAGUGAGCCACUUGCUAUCAGUAAUGAAAAACAAUUAGCAAACUGCAUGCUUUCCAAACCAGAAGUGGCAGAAGCCUCUUCUGAUCCUUGGGUGACAGGUAUAACAUAUCUUGUGAACCAGUGUGAAUCUAGAGUGUUAAGUGGAGGAGUGCCAACAGAUGUGGUGAUGGUCUCUGCUUCAGAGGACCCUGUGACAGGUGGAGGUGCUCUCACAGUGCAAGUUGGGGAGGUGGCAGCUGUGAAAGCUGCAGAGCCAGAAUCUAGUAGUGAUACAGAUGAUGAUAAUUUAUUCCUAACACAACAUGAUCCCCAAGAUAUGGAUCUUUGCUCACAGUUGGAAAAUAAUAAAACCAUUAUUGUGGCUCAUAAAAAGGAUACAGUUCAGAGAGAAGAUCCUUUAAGUCGGCCUCAGUUGGAGUCUUUGAGUAUCACAAAGUGUAAAUACAAAGACUGUGUUGAAACCACAAAAAACCAAGGUGAAUACUGCCCAAGACACUCUGAAGCUAAAGCAGCAGAUGAUGACGUGUUUCGUAAACCUGGCUUGCCUCUUUCUGUAGCCAGGCCCUUGAGACCUACAACUACCAAGAUAUUUAGCUCAAGCAGCGCUUCACGAACUGCCAAUCUUUCCAAGUCUUUGGAAAGUACCACACUUCAGUCAGCACUAAAAAAGUCAAGUGGAGCACAGCCUAAUCUGAAGGUGACACCACCCUCUUCCAUGGGUUCUCAGAAGCCAGUGGCUGAAGUGAAAAGUCUAUGCAAUAUUUUUCAUUUUCAGAAUCCAAGCAGUUCCAACAGACAGAAUUACAAGCUUACAUUUAGUGAGAACAGGCCUAUGUCGUCAUCUUCUCCAGUGAACAUUCUCUUGCCAUCGCAGUCUAUCUUUGACACCUUCAUUAAAGAGGUCUUAAAAUGGAAAUACCAAAUGUUUUUGAACUUUGAUAAGUGUGGUGCUCCAACAAGUCUCUGUCAGUCUAUUUCAAGACCCGUGCCUGUCAGAUUUCAAGAUUGUGCAGAAUAUUUUAAUGUUUUUCUACCUUUGAUUAUAUUGAAUGCUUUUGAAACAAUGGCACAGGAAUGGCUGAACUCUCCAAAUAAAGAGAAUUUCUAUCAGUUGCAUUUACGAAAAUUUCCUGCUGACUAUAGAAAAUACUGGGAGUUUCUGAUUUACUUGGAGGAAUCUGAACUAGCUAAACAGCAUCACCCAAAGGAAAAUGAUCUGGUGUUUUUAGUUCCUGCGAAGAAAUACAUGGACAGGCAUGGCAUGCAAGAUCACAAUCACUAUUACUGUGGCUAUGUUCAUAAGUUUCGUCGUACUUCAGUCAUGCGCAGUAGGAAAGCUGAGUGUUCAUUAUGCAUCCAGACACAAGAUAACUUGCCAGCCAGUGUAAAAGAACUUACAAAAUGUAUUGUAAUCAGUUCUCUGGUAACUACACAGAGGAAAUUGAAAGCCAUGUCUCUGUUGAGUAGUCGGAACCAGUUGGCCAGAGCUGUUCUAAAUCCAAACCCCAUGGACUUCUGUACCAAAGAUCUACUAACUACAACUUCCGAAAGAAUUGUGAGUGCUGAUUUGAAUGAAGCCAGGAAAAUUGCCUACUUAAAAGACUUUAAUGAAGACCAGAAGAAAGCUAUAGAAACUGCAUAUGCCAUGGUGAAACACUCACCAUCCGUUGCCAAAAUUUGUCUGAUUCAUGGACCACCUGGAACAGGAAAAUCAAAAACUAUUGUUGGUCUCUUAUACCGCUUACUGACAGAGAGCCAGAGGAAGGGCCAUUCAGAUGAAAAUUUCAAUGCCAAAAUCAAACAAAACCGAGUCCUCGUGUGUGCACCUUCCAAUGCAGCGGUUGAUGAACUUAUGAAAAAAAUUAUCCUCGAAUUCAAAGAAAAAUGUAAAGACAAGAAGAAUCCUUUGGGAAACUGUGGAGAUAUAAAUUUAGUACGACUGGGUCCAGAAAAAUCUAUUAAUACAGAGGUCCUAAAAUUCAGUUUGGACAGCCAAGUCAACCAUAAAAUGAAAAAAGACUUGCCUUCUCAUAUUCAAGAAAUGCUUACAAGAAAAGAAAUACUAGAUGCUCAACUUGAUGAGCUUUCUCGUCAGCGAGCUCUAUGUCGAGUUGGGCGGGAGAUGCAGAGGCAAGAAUUAGAUGAACACAUUGCCAUAGUUUCAAAAGAAAGGCAAGAACUUGCUUCAAAAAUUAAAGAGGUUCAGGGACGCCCUCAGAAAGCACAGAAUACCAUCAUCUUGGAGUCCCAUGUCAUCUGCUGCACAUUGAGCACUAGUGGUGGUUUAUUGCUUGAGUCUGCUUUUCGAGGUCAAGGGGGUGUCCCCUUCAGUUGUGUCAUCGUAGAUGAGGCUGGGCAGUCUUGUGAAGUUGAGACGCUUUCCCCACUCAUCCACCGCUGCAAUAAACUUAUCCUAGUAGGAGACCCUAAACAGCUCCCUCCCACAGUCAUCUCUAUGAAAGCACAGGAGUAUGGCUAUGACCAGUCGAUGAUGGCACGAUUCUGCAAGCUGCUGGAAGAGAAUGUGGAGCAGAACAUGAUUGGCAGGCUGCCGGUGUUACAGCUUACCAUUCAGUACAGGAUGCAUCCAGACAUAUGUCUCUUUCCUUCUAAUUAUGUUUAUAACAAAAACCUGAAGACAAAUAGAUUGACCGAAACCAUUCGAUGUUCAUCAGAGUGGCCAUUUCAGCCCUACCUCGUGUUUGAUGUUGGAGAUGGUUCAGAACGACGGGAUAAUGACUCAUAUAUAAAUGUUCAAGAAAUAAAGUUGGUGAUGGAAAUAGUUAAACUUAUUAAAGAGAAAAGAAAAGAUAUUUCCUCCCGAAAUAUUGGCAUAAUAACCCAUUAUAAGGCUCAGAAGACAAUGAUCCAGAAGGAUUUGGAGAAAGAAUUUGAUAAGAAAGGUUUAUUACAGCCCAUCAUGAUGGGGGAAUCAAGGCAGCAAGACUCUGAAGCAUCCAAGCAGCAGCAGAAGAACAGUGAAUGUAUGCAUGCUAGUGAUGAGCUCGGAUCCUCCACUGUUACACAGUCCGGGAUCUCCAGCCUAGAAAAUGGUGCCACCCACACUGGACCUGCAGAAGUGGAUACGGUAGAUGCCUUCCAGGGCCGGCAGAAAGACUGUAUCAUUGUUACCUGUGUCAGGGCAAGUGCUGUGCAAGGGUCAAUAGGAUUCCUGGCAAGUUUGCAGAGAUUGAAUGUCACCAUUACACGAGCCAAGUACAGCCUCUUUAUCCUUGGACAUUUAAGAACUCUGAUGGAAAACCAACAUUGGUAUGAACUGAUUCAGGAUGCUCAGAAGCGUGGGGCCAUUAUUAAGACCUGUGACCCAAACUAUAGACAUGAUGCAAUGAAGAUUCUGAAACUGAAGCCUGUGCUACAGAGGAGUCUGACCCAUCCCCCAGCCUCUGCCCCGGAGGCACCCAGACCUCAGGGUGGCUUGCCCAACAACAGGCUGGACAGUGGACUUGCUACAACAUCUUUUGCUGCUUCUUUGUAUCACACAGCCUCUGAUACUGUCACUUCAAAGGAACCUGAAAGGCCACUUCAAGACCGACUUCGAGAUCCACGACUAUUCAGGAGAUUGGAUGCUGAAGCCAAGGGAACAUUCCUGAAGGAUCCACAGCCUGUGAGUCCCCAGCUCCCUGGGGUAGUUCAUCUUUUGGGAGAACCUGGCUUCCCUGUUGUUUUCCAGGACCUAGUUGUGCCACCAUCCACUGCCAUCGUUGCUCCUCUAGGCAGCCACAGGUCACCGAUGCAGGCUGAGACACCACCUGCUCACCCUGCUGCUGCUGCCACCUCCACAAAUAAGAGGAAAUACAGUGACCCAGAUGCUGGGCUCCGCCACAGAAGAGAGCCCAGGGCCUUCAGUGGAGAGCAGGGGAGGCAUGGCUCUAUGACUCAUCAUGUGCUGAGAAGCACUGACUGGGACAGAAGGAGGCUAGAUGACAGCAGUGACAAGAGGAGACGGUUUCUAUAGUAGCGCCUGGUGAUGAGACUGUUGUCCCCAGGCUAGCUAGUAGCAUCCUACAGAUAAGCUGGGUUCUGGGUUUGUUUUUGUUUCCCUUGAAAAGUCCUCUGUUAGAGGAUGGAAAUACCUUCUAAUUCUUGGUCUGUUUGUUGGUCUUGUUUUCAGUACUUUUUGCCAGUUGCCACUUGGAGAGGGCAUUUGUAUACCUGUAAUCUUGUUCUUGAGGUCAGAAAUUCAAAACAUUGGGAGCUUUUGUUCUGUAGAAAAGGUUAGAACAGAGUGAGUACUGUAAAGGUUAAACUGAAUCUAUAUAGCAAGUGGAAAAUCCUUUUAAAAUGUAAACUGGUAGACCACAUUACCUGCCUCAGCCUAAAACGUUGAUCAUUUUCCAACAGAACAAACUUCAUAUUCAACCAUUGUGUGGUAGACAAGUUUAACAGCCUCGGUACUGGGAGUUAGCCAAGUUUGAACCAGUGGCCAGUGUCUCGAGCUGGGUUUUUCUGGGCCUUUAGAAAGCAGCACGUUGGGAGUUGUUGCGCUCAUAGGUACGCUUUGAGACAAGGCAGCUUGGCACAGGGCAUUACUGUGACCAGUUAGUUCAUUUACCUAUACUGGUGUAUGAAUUAGUUUUCUGCCUAAAUACCUUUCCCUUCUCAAAACGGAAGAACAAUUCUUGAAUUUUCAUUCAUGUUUCCAGUGUUUUGUGAGGUUGGUGUAACUGGUGAAUUGAAGACGUGCUUAGCAAAUGGAGGAUUUGUGCUGGCUUGGCCUGGCCUGGAAGAGUGCAUUUAGGAUUCUUGUGAAGGCUUGAGAGUUGCCAGGAAUAUUAAAAAGGAUGCCUUAGAAGGGAUUUCAAGGGAGCUACACAGGGGCAGAGCAGGUAGCAUAUCUCAGGCAGAAGAGAAACUCCAUGAGAAGAGCAGCCGCCUGGGCUGCAGGACAUCCGUAAGAUAGAUGAAAGUGCAGUCUGUGUUGUGCCAUUGCAGGCUCUAGACUCCAUCAGACCUGGUGUGCUGGAGAGAGGAAAGCAGAGGGGCCUAGAAGUCAGCAGGACAAGGGAGGACUGCUUAACCCUUCUCUACAUAUAAGAGCAUGAGUGAUUACUGUACACACAGCCCAUUAGCCGCCUUGGGGCAGGAUGACAGCCCUAAAAAUUAGUGUUCGCUGUUUGGAGGGGUUUUUGUCAUCUGGGGCUUUGUGUUAAUAAUUCUGCUGAAGUAGGUUUUGUUUGUUAAGAGCUUUGAAAAACUGCAUUUUGCCAAGUUUCAACAUUUGACUUUCCUGAUCUCUUUCUGCUGGUGCUCAGACAUAAACCCUGCAGAACACGUAGGAAACUGGGGAGUAGGCACCCGAGUUCUCAGAGUGCUUUAGCCUCCUGGCUGUCCCUAGCUAAGUAGGAAAGAAACCCUGCUCUGGCUAGAGCUUCUGCAUGUGACAUUGGCAGGACACUUCACUGUCACUUGUAAUUUUCUUUCCUAGUGUCUGUGAGAAGUGCUCAGUUUAGCAGAGACUUGUAAAGGUAACCGCCUAAAAGCCAAAAGUCUGCUUCUGAGACGGGCAUCACAAAACAGCAAUAGCCAGGACAUUUCUCACUCUAAAGACCAAGAAAUACAUUUGUAAAAAGAAGUUUUUCCAAAGCAUGUUUUAGUUGGCUGCUCUCCACUAAGGAUGUUGUAAGGACAUUGUGUGUUCAUCUGCUGGUUCAUACGGCUAGCCAUGUCAGAGUAUUGGAAUUUGUAUUGCACCCUGCUUAUUUUGUGAGUGUAAGGGCUGCUGGGAUUAGACUCUGGCCAAGAGAUCCUCCUUUUCAGCAAGCAAACCUUGUCUUAGAACUGUCUUCAGCAGAAUGUAGUUGCAUAACAUUAGAUUUGAAAUCUUAUUCCAGUUGGUAAAGGUAUUUGCAGAAAGUGUUUGCUGUGUCAAGUGGCCUUUCCUGACAGUUCUGUCAGAAAUGGUUAACCCUGACAAGAUAAAAGUUCACUUUGUCCUUGCUGUAGUUAAAAGAACAUGCCCCAACUGCUUUCAAAUGAUAUUUCAAGGUCAGUGUAUUAUACCUAUCUUUAUUUUGCUUCUCUUUUGAUUUACCACAGUUUGUUCAGUUAUGUUUUCAUGAAUUAUCAGGAGUAAAUUUGAACAAAAACAUGUGAAUAACCUCCUGUAAAUGUGUUUUAUAACAAAAGUGUGCUAAACUAUUUUCUAAAAAUUACUUUGUGCACUUUGGGAAUCUUUCUGUAGCUUUGUGUUUUGUAUGCUCUGGAUUCAUAACUGGAUUUUGGCAAAUAGUAAACCUGUUAUCUUUGUUAAAACCUAAUAUUUAAGAGAAAAUAGCAGAAAUAAAAACAAGAAAACUG